UUUUGGGCAAGUCUUUUUAUCUGUUGGUAAGACCUCGUCAUUAUUUACAUCGGUGAGGGGAGAAAAAACAACCGGAACUUCCGCUAGAUUGAAACGGAAGUAGGUACGUGGCUGCUUCAGCUGACAGUCUACAUGAUGGCGACAGAGGUUCAGAGCGGCGACCUCGACAGCGCUACUUCUAGCCGGCUCGAAGUUUCCAUCGAUGGCCUCACCCUCACUCCGGACCCGGAGGGCGAGCAGAGCCAGGCCGAAGAACCGGAGUCCAUACCCACGGAACCCAGCACAGAUAAGCCGGGCGGCGCUGAAGGCGAAGAUGGAGAGACUGCCAAAUGUGCGAUAGAGAGGAAAUGGGGCUUUCCUCUGCUGGAGCUGUACGGAAUGGCCCUUAAAUUUUUUAAAGAUAAAGAUGGAAAGGCCUUCCACCCGACCUAUGAGGAGAAGCUUCGAUUGGUGGCUCUGCACAAACAGGUGUUACUCGGUCCUUACAAUCCCGAUGCUUCACCAGAGGUCGGCUUCUUUGAUGUCCUGGGCAACGACCGCAGGAAAGAGUGGGCUUCACUGGGUAACAUGGAGAAGGACGAUGCCAUGGUGGAGUUUGUCAAGCUACUUAACAAAUGCUGUAACCUCUUUGCCCCAUACGUCACAUCACACAAGAUCGAAAGGGAGGAGCAGGAGAGGAAAAGGAGAGAAGAAGAAGAGCGUCUAAGGCGGGAAGAGGAAGAAAGGGAGCGACAGAGGCUGGAGGAAGAGAGACGGAGGCUUGAGGAGGAGGAAAGGCUUAGAAGAGAGGAAGAAGAAAGGAGGCAGGCAGAAGAGGAGAGGCUACGGAUUGAGCAGCAGAAACAACAGAUAAUGGCAGCAUUAAAUGCGCAGACAGCGGUGCAGUUCCAACAGUAUGCUGCUCAGCAGUACCCAAACAGCCCUGAGCAGCAGAUGAGCCUCAUCCGUCAGCUGCAGGAGCAGCACUAUCAGCAGUACAUGCAGCAGCUCUACCAGGUCCAGCUGGCCCAGCAACAGGCGGCCUUACAGAAGCAGCAGCAGUCUGAUUCAAUGGUGCAGGGCACCCUAGAAUCUAGCAGCUUCCACACAGGUGAACCCAUCCCCGCAUCCUCAGCUGGACCAUUGUGUGCUGCUUCACCACAGACUGGAGAAGAAGCUCCAACAAUCAAUGGAGGCCAGUCAGACUCUUACUCAGAAAGUAUGGAUCGGGAGCCAGAGCCUGAACCGGCAGAAGAGGUCUCAGAGAAUGGACCUUUAUUAGCAGAAUCCCCACCAGUCAUAGCUGCUCCUUCCAUGUGGACACGGCCACAGAUCAAGGACUUCAAGGAGAAAAUCCGUCAGGACGCAGACAGCGUGAUCACGGUGGGGCGCGGCGAGGUGGUGACGGUGCGUGUUCCCACUCAUGAAGACGGCUCGUACCUGUUCUGGGAGUUUGCUACAGACUAUUACGACAUCGGCUUUGGGGUCUUCUUCGAGUGGACGGACGCAGCCUCUGCUUCAGUCAGCGUGCAUGUGUCAGAGUCCAGUGAAGAGGAUGAAGAUGAUGAAGGCGAGCCAACCAGUGAGGAAGAGAAGGCCAAGAAGGAGGCAGGGAAGCCUCAGGUGGAUGAGAUUGUACCGGUUUACCGGAGGGACUGUCAUGAGGAGGUGUACGCCGGCAGCCACCAGUACCCAGGUCGCGGAGUCUACCUGCUCAAGUUCGACAACUCCUAUUCACUCUGGCGCUCCAAGAGUGUUUACUACAGAGUCUACUACACCAGAUAAGCCUGAAUACAGACACAAGGGGAGCCAAGGAGUGUGUAUGUUCGUAUAUAUAAAUAUAUGUAUGUACGUGUGUGUGUGUUUGUGAGGGGGGGAGGGUGAAGAUUUGUGUGAAGGCAGCCUGUAUUUGUGUGUAUGUGUGCGUGUGUGUGUGAAGGAGGAAACUACCAGAUUAAUUCUGGAUUAAACCACCAGAGGGAGACAAAGAGACACAUCUGGAGUCGUAGUCUGGAGACUCGACUAAUAUGUAUUUACUGUAUGUGUACGCGUGACCCAAGAUGCACCCAUGCUAGAUCCCGUUAUCGAGCCCUUGGAAGAGGAGUGCGUAUACCCGUUGUAUAUUCACCACCUGUCCUUGCUGCAUUCACACCAAGCUGUAGGACUUUGCUCUCAUGAUAUAUUUCACCAGUUUCCUCCCCUGGGCUCCACUUAAGUCACCAAAGCCCGGCCCAGCACUGUCCAACACGGUGGCGUUGUGGCUGCUUGUGCUCCAAGUGAUGCUAUCAUAACCACAAAUGGAAACUUGGCGGCUCCACGAGCCUAUGUUUCCCUUUCUUUCUUUUCUUUUUCUGUUUGCUUGUUUGUUUGCUUUUGAGUGGAAAAGGUGGUUGUUUAUCCCAAAAGUACACAGAGGACAAUGUUAGAAAUCAAUUUAUUAUUAAAGAUGUGCUUCAUAACACUAUGCCUUUUACUCAGAGAUCGUCUGGUCUUUGCCAAUUGUGUUCUCACUCAUUUAAACAGCCCGGGUUCUCAAACCUGCUCAUCCUUUUUGUUGUCACAAAGCCACCGUACCUGUAUGAAGAUCUGAGAGGAUUGUGAAGUGGAACGAGUGGUCUUUUUCAUCUUCUCCUCGCAAACGUUCUGUUUCUUAUACUUAUUUCGAGAGUCAGGUUACAACAGCAGUGUGUGUCUUUUUAAACUUGCAUCAUUUAUGAAGGACCAGCAAGAAGUCAUUCAGUAACAUGGGUGUUGAAGGAGGAUGUGCAAAACAUCAUUCACAUGGUAAUUUAUGGCUGUGAGCCUUAUCGGCUGCAGAAGCGUCACAGUGUAAGAAGUGUAAAAGUCAAAUCGGUGUAGGAGUCAUUUCCGUUCUCCCACAAAUGUUUUUCCGUUUGAGUUUUUACAAAAGAAAAAAGUUGCUUGUUGACAGUCCCUUAUCAUAUGUGUUGUUCACCACUUGUUAAUUAAAGACUCACAAAAAAGAAA